AGACGAGGAAGAUGGGGCCGCGGCAGCAGCAGCACUGAGGGGGGGGGGACGAGCAGCCGCCGCCCGCCCGCCAUGGCCGACCCGGCCCCCGCCCGCAGCCUCGACGACAUCGACCUCUCCGCCCUCAGGGAUCCUGCUGGAAUAUUUGAACUGGUGGAGGUGGUCGGCAAUGGAACGUAUGGACAGGUGUACAAGGGUCGCCAUGUCAAGACGGGGCAGUUGGCCGCUAUCAAAGUCAUGGACGUCACGGAGGACGAAGAGGAAGAGAUCAAGCAAGAGAUCAACAUGCUGAAGAAGUACUCUCACCACCGCAACAUCGCCACUUACUACGGGGCCUUCAUUAAGAAGAGUCCCCCCGGGAACGACGACCAGCUCUGGCUGGUGAUGGAGUUUUGUGGCGCAGGCUCCGUGACAGACCUGGUGAAGAACACCAAAGGCAACGCCCUGAAGGAGGACUGCAUUGCCUACAUCUGCCGGGAGAUCCUCAGGGGGCUGGCGCACCUCCAUGCACACAAGGUGAUCCACCGAGACAUCAAGGGCCAGAAUGUCCUCCUCACUGAGAACGCGGAGGUGAAGUUAGUUGACUUUGGGGUCAGCGCCCAGCUGGACCGCACGGUGGGGCGUCGGAACACGUUCAUCGGCACCCCUUACUGGAUGGCGCCGGAGGUGAUUGCCUGCGAUGAGAACCCGGACGCCACAUACGACUACAGGAGCGACAUCUGGUCCCUGGGGAUCACUGCCAUCGAGAUGGCCGAGGGAGCGCCACCCCUGUGCGACAUGCACCCCAUGAGGGCCCUCUUCCUCAUCCCUCGCAACCCGCCGCCCAAGUUGAAAUCCAAGAAGUGGUCCAAGAAGUUCAUCGACUUCAUUGACAACUGCCUGAUCAAGGCCUACACCAGCCGCCCCCCGACGGAGCAGCUCCUCAAGUUCCCCUUCGUCCGGGACCAGCCCACGGAGCGGCAGGUCCGCAUCCAGCUCAAGGACCACAUCGACCGCACCCGAAAGAAGAGGGGGGAGAAAGACGAGACGGAGUACGAGUACAGCGGCAGUGAGGAGGAGGAAGACGGGCGCGGCGAGGAAGGGGAGCCCAGCUCCAUCAUGAAUGUCCCCGGGGAGUCGACGCUGCGCCGGGAGUUCCUCCGCCUUCAGCAGGAGAACAAGAGCAACUCGGAGGCCCUGAAGCAGCAGCAGCAGCAGCUGGCAGCCCAGCACCGUGACUCCGAGGCCCACAUCAAGCACCUCCUGCACCAGCGCCAGCGGCGCAUCGAGGAGCAAAAGGAGGAGAGGCGGCGCGUGGAGGAGCAACAGCGCCGAGAGAGGGAGCAGCGCAAGAUGCAGGAGAAGGAGCAGCAGCGGCGCCUGGAGGACAUGCAGGUCAUGCGCCGGGAGGAGGAGCGCCGGCAGGCUGAGCGAGAGCAGGAGUAUAUCAGGCACAAGUUAGAGGAGGAACAGAGGCAGCUGGAGAUCCUGCAGCAGCAGCUCCUCCAGGAACAAGCACUGCUGUUGGAGUACAAGCGCAAGCAGCUGGAGGAGCAGCGCCAGUCGGAGCGGCUCCAGCGCCAGCUGCAGCAGGAACACGCCUACCUGAAGUCCCUCCAGCAGCAGCAGCAGCUCCACAAGCAACAGCAGCAACAGCAGCAGCAGGAAAAGAAGCCCCUCUACCACUACAACCGCAGCGCCAACCCCGCCGACAAGCCCACCUGGGCCCGGGAGGUGGAAGAACGGACCCGCAUGAACAAGCAGAACUCUGCCUCUCCGGUGGCCAAGACCAAACUGGGGGGCCCUGGGCCCGAGUCAGCCCCCCAGUCCCGCUCCGAGUCGGUGUCGCUCAACUCCUCCCCGGCCUCGCAGACCCCGCCUAUGCAGCGCCCCGUCGAGCCCCAGGAGGGGCAGCACAAGAGCCACCUCGCCCACCGCGUCCCCCUCAAGCCAUACGCAGCCCCCGUCCCUCGCUCCCAGUCGCUGCAGGACCAGCCCAGCAAGAACAUGGCCGCUUUCCCCGUCCAUGACUCCUCAUCCUCCUCCGCCGCCUCCUCCGCCUCCUCCUCCUCCGCCCCAUCCCCACCAAGGGCGGGCAUGAUCCGGCAGAACUCCGACCCCACCUCGGAGGGGCCCGCCCCGCCGCCGAGCCGGCCCACCACUGCCGCCGAACAGCGAGGACCCUGGGUCAGAAUGGAUCCCGAGGCCCCUCCCAAGGUCCCCCAGCGAACGUCCUCCAUCGCGACAGCACUCAACACCAGCGGGGCGGGGAGUGGCGGCGGCGCCAUCCGGCCAGUCCACGCAGUCCGAGCCAGGCCCCGUAGCAAGUCCGCCUGGCACAUCCACAUGCAGAGCCGGCUGGAGAGGGGCCCCCGGUGGGGGGGCCCUUCGCCAGCCCCUCCUCCUCCUGCCCCCCCGCAGCCCGCCCGCCGGACCCCGCCCCGGGACCCUCUGGCCCCCGUGCCAAACGCCAGUAGCAACCCCGACCUCCGGAGGAGUGACCCAGGCUGGGAGAGGGCGGACAGUCUGCUGCAGUCCGGCACCGGCAACCUGCCCCAGGCUGGCUCUCUGGAGCGCAACCGCAUAGGAGCCCCCCUGAAAUUGGACAGCUCUCCGAUCCUGCCGCCAGGGAACAAGCCCAAGGGGGAUGACCACCGGUCCCGGCCUGGGCGGCCAGCGAGUUAUAAGCGGGCAAUCGGAGAGAACUUUGUGCUGCCCAAGGACCGGCUGGAGGAGGCGGCCCCCAAGCCCCUCAAGAAGGCCAUGGACUACUCCUCCUCCAGCGAGGAGAUGGACUCGAGCGAGGAGGAAGAGGAGGAGGAGGAGGAAGGAGAAGGGGAGCGCUCUGAGCCCACGGCAGACACUCCGGGCACCAGAGACGGCGACACGGACUCUGUGAGCACCAUGGUGGUGCAUGACGUGGAGGAUCUGACGGGUGGCAGUGGUGGUUCAGAGAGCUCCUAUGGCGAGGGCACCAUGCUGGUGCAGCGGACCCCCGAGGAGGAGCGGGGCCUCCUGCACAGCGACAGCAACGGCUACACCAACCUGCCAGACGUGGUCCAGCCCAGCCACUCGCCCACCGAGGCCAAGAGCAGCAGCAACGGUUCCUCCUCGCCGGCCAAGGACACAGCCACUGACUACCAGUCAAGGGGGCUGGUCAAGGCUCCCGGAAAGAGCUCCUUCACGAUGUUUGUGGACUUGGGCAUCUACCACAGCUCGCCUGGAGGGGGCGACACCAUCCCCAUCACUGCGUUUGACCCGGGGCGGCUGGAGCAGCUGCAGCUGGAGGCGCGGAAGGGCUCUGUGGUCAACGUGAACCCCACCAACACGCGGCCCCACAGCGACACCCCCGAGAUCCGCAAGUACAAGAAGCGCUUCAACUCGGAGAUCCUGUGUGCCGCCCUCUGGGGGGUCAACCUGCUGGUGGGGACCGAGAACGGCCUAAUGCUCCUGGACCGGAGUGGGCAAGGCAAGGUCUACACCCUCAUCAACCGGCGCCGCUUCCAGCAGAUGGACGUCCUGGAAGGGCUCAACCUGCUGACCACCAUCUCGGGGAAGAGGAACAAGCUUCGCGUCUACUACCUCUCCUGGCUGCGGAACAAAAUUUUGCACAACGACCCAGAAGUGGAGAAGAAGCAAGGCUGGACCACCGUGGGGGACAUGGAGGGCUGUGUCCACUACCGUGUGGUGAAAUACGAGCGGAUCAAGUUCCUGGUCAUUGCACUCAAGAAUUCAGUGGAAGUCUAUGCCUGGGCACCCAAGCCCUACCACAAAUUCAUGGCCUUCAAGUCUUUUGCUGACUUGCCUCACCGGCCGCUGCUGGUGGAGCUGACGGUGGAGGAGGGCCAGCGGCUCAAAGUGAUCUACGGAUCCUGCGCCGGCUUCCACGCCAUCGACGUGGACUCAGGAAACAACUACGACAUCUAUAUACCAGUGCAUAUCCAGUCGCAGGUCACCCCCCAUGCCAUCAUCUUCCUGACCAACACCGAAGGGAUGGAGAUGCUCCUUUGCUACGAGGACGAGGGCGUCUACGUCAACACCUACGGGCGCAUCAUCAAGGACGUUGUGCUGCAGUGGGGGGAGAUGCCCACCUCUGUCGCUUAUAUCUGCUCCAAUCAGAUCAUGGGUUGGGGCGAGAAAGCCAUUGAGAUCCGCUCGGUAGAGACGGGGCACCUGGACGGCGUCUUCAUGCACAAGCGGGCGCAGCGCCUGAAGUUCCUGUGCGAGCGCAACGACAAGGUCUUCUUCGCCUCCGUUCGCUCUGGGGGCAGCAGCCAGGUCUACUUCAUGACCCUGAACAGGAACUGCAUCAUGAACUGGUGAGGGCCGGGGGGCUCGCCCCAUCCCGCCCCUCCUGCUUGCCCCACUCCGUGGCGGAGGGGGGGGGAGAAGGAGGAGGAGGGUCUUGUCAGAUGCCCCACCUGAGCUCAAGACGGCCCAGAGAAGACCAUCCCGUGAAAGUGAAAGCGAUGCCUUGGCGGGUCACUUCUCAGUCCCGCCCUCCCCUCCUCUCAGCUGCCCUGGGGGGGCCUCGGUGCCCCCAUUUAACUCUUCUGUUUCUGAUAGGAAAGAAGUCGGGUGCAUGGCUGGGGUGGGAAGGGUCCAGUCCUAAAAAACCCCGCCAUCCCUUGCUGCCUCUUGGGGUGGUCCCACUUCAGGGCAGUUGGGGAGGGGCGUGGGGAGCGAUGCCUAAAUUCCCCCCCUCCUCGUCCCAGAAUUCAGCAGUAUUUCAGUGUCCCAAAAAGGAUGGGGGGGGGCGUGGAACGGCCUCUGGGGCAGGGUUUUAUUAUCAAAGCCAAAUCAUGUAAAUAAAAGCAGCUGGGAGUCCCGUCCGUGUCCCCCCCCCUUUCCUAUCUUCCAAUCAGAGGAGGGAAAGCUGCAGCUCCCCACAGCUUAUGGGCACAGGGUGUGGGGAGUAGCUGGGGGCCACUUUUGCAAGGGGGGGAGAGAGAGAAGAAGAGGAGGAAGUGUGGAUAUUCUCCCAUUCUGAGCCAUUUCCCCAUGUCCCUUGCAGACAGACCUCUCUGGCUUUGUGAAACUCACCCCCCCACACA